UUUACCAGCCGACUAAACUUGUUCUAUGUGUGCCCUAGCUAGGAUUGCUGGAACUCGACCAAGCCGCCGACGGCCGGUGACCGGCGACAGAGAUCCUUAGGUUGGUGCUACUUGGAACGCCAUGUCCGAGACCAGUAGAUUCCGGAGUUUGGAAGGCGGUCAUGGAGCUCUCAAGGGAGCCCAAACUGCUUGGGAUAUGCUUUCAGAGGAGCAAAUGCAGAAACAUAUUACCACAGGUUGCGAGGAACUUGAUGCCAUACUCGGAGGUGGAAUACAUUGCAAAGAAGUUACUGAAGUUGGAGGAGUUCCAGGAAUUGGUAAAACACAACUCGGGAUUCAACUGGCAGUUAAUGUCCAAAUUCCAGUCGAAUGUGGCGGCCUUGGUGGGAAGGCAAUUUAUAUAGAUACAGAAGGCAGUUUCAUGGUUGAACGUGCUCACCAAAUUGCUGAAGGAUGCAUUAGUGAUCUGUUGGAUAACACUGCACAUCGGCUGAAGGACUUUCCAGCUUGCCCAGAGAUAUUGCAGCCCAACAGCUUCCUAGCUAAUAUCUUUUACUUCCGCAUCUGCAGUUAUACCGAGCAAAUUGCGACCAUAAAUUAUUUGGAGAAGUUUCUCGAAGAACAGAAAGAUGUGAAGAUAAUUGUUGUUGAUAGCAUCACUUUUCAUUUUCGCCAAGAUUUUGAUGACUUGGCUCUAAGAACUAGAGUCCUUGGCGGGAUGUCAUUGAAACUGAUGAGAUUCGCAAAAAAAUAUAGCUUGGCUGUUGUUUUGCUGAAUCAAGUAACGACGAAGUUUGUGGAGGGUUCAUUUCACCUAACUCUUGCCCUCGGUGAUACUUGGUCUCAUGCAUGCACAAACCGUAUCAUUUUGUACUGGAACGGGAACGACCGACAUGCCUACAUCGAUAAGUCCCCAUCGCUUCGAUCUGCCACCGCACCCUUCUUGAUCACAGGCAAAGGUAUACGAAAUGCUACUUCCCAUUGUAAACGUGUUAGGAUGAUGUGAAAGCAAACUUGGCAGUUCAUUUGAUACGAAGGUGAAUGUGAUGCUUAUAUUUAA